GAUGCCGGGCACACAGCGCGGGCCAAGGAAGCCUAUCACUUCUUGGUGGGCAAUGUUGCUAGCUCCUACGGGCGCUUCGUCCACAUGCACAAGCGCUACUUGCGGCAGAACCGGGACAAGUUGACGGGCGACCCCUACGAUCGGGCGCUCCAACUUCCUCGCCGGGCUCUGGAAGAAGUUGGCCUCGAGUGUGCUGUUUGGCCGCACCUCUACCCGUACACCGAGAUGUGUGAGACGCACAUCCGGCAGGCAGACAUUCGUCGACGAGCUCGCCGUGAAGGGGCGCGGCCGCAUGAGCCAGCGGCGGACAGCGAGAGCAGCGAAGGUGCGGAGGAGGCACUACGGCCAAAUGCCGACGAGCUCGUGGAAGACCCCCAGGAAAGCCCGCGGCUGCAGCGGGCCUUUGCCAAGCCUGGCCGCAAUUCUGCUAAGAGCGCCUAUUUGGCGAAGGUGGUCGGCCCGGUCCUGGGGUACGGCAGCGCAUUCGAGCUCUUCCAGUUCGUAUAUGAUCUCUGGCUCUGGUCUUCACUCGGAGCCAAGCGCAACACCGUGCAGUCUCCCUUGCGCCUGGCAAUGUCGGGCUACAGUUUCUCUCCGGAGUACUGGCACACGCGGCAUGCCGCUUUGGUGGACGUGGUGAAGCAGCUGGGUCUGCCCACCUUGUUUUUGACCGUGGCUCCUUAUGAAUGGAGCUUCCCCUUCCACAAAUGGGUCGAGGACGAGGCGCAGAAGCUUUGUCGCUCACGGCUUCGCCUGCCGGUCGCUGAGACCCUCCACAUCGCCCACGUGUUGGCCCAGACCGUGGUCGGCUUCUUGACGGGCUCGAACAAUGCCUCUGGCAGCAAGGCCCGCCGCCGUGGGUGGACGAGCCAUGUUCUCGCUGCGAAAGAUGGCUCCGGUCGUCAGACCGUGCUGAACUAUUUCGGCCGGCUGGAGUACCAAGAUGGCAAGCGCCGCCGCUACGUGAACCAGCAGGAAGCCGCUAGUCAGUACUAUCAUGGACGUGGCACGGUGCAUUUGCACUUGCUCGUCUGGCUGCAGCGCGUGCCGGCCAUCGAGUUGGAGAAGCACAUCGCCGCAACGGUGCCCGGCGACGAUGCUCCCCUGGCAAACUUGGUGGAGGGAUCGCAGCGAUCUUGGACCGGCAGCGGGUGGCCCGUGCAAGCGGAGGAGUCGCACUGGGACCCUGACGCUCAAGUGCUUCGCUUGCAGCACAAGCCGGAGGACUUCUACCGCUACAACGCGGCCGGGCAAGCGGAGGGCAUCCGGGCCUAUGUGACGGACCUCUUGGCGGGAUUGCACUGCCACACGGACGUCCAGGCCUCGGACGGUCGGGGGAUGUUGCUCAAGUACGUGUCAGGGUAUGCGCCAAAGUUCAGUGACUCCUUUGCUGCUGAUUGGCUUCAAGAUGCCUGCUCGGAUUACGCCGUGGCGAAACGGGUUUUGACAGACUACCAUCCCUUGGAGCCGGAGAUGACCCUGCAGCUGGCCAUGCAGUGGUACCCACAGUGCCUGGCCGGUUCCACGCUGCAGCGUUUUCGGGUCCCCGUGCCGUGGUGUGGGCCGUGCCCGGAGCGCGUCCAGCAAUACAUGCAGAGCGCAUGGCGGGCACCGGACAUGCCGUUGGUGGAGUUCCUCCGCAAGACCAACGGCAAGGGCAACAUCCACGAGUACCUGAAGAAGCAGCACGCGGCGGAGGAGGCAGCUGGGGCGGAGCACCUGGAAGAAACGCUGGAGGCCUGGGCCAACAAUGCCGCCACGGCGGGUCAGGUCGCGGUAGCUUCCAUCUACCUCUCACGCUACAAUGAUAGGUACUACGGGCAGUGGGUGCUUAUGCACGUGCCGUUUCGCGACCUUGAGGAGUUGCGUCGGCCGGAACUGGACCUUGUGCCUGACCACUUGUACUACCAGGCAGUGGCGCUGCUUCAUCGGCCCGACCACUGGACGUCGGAAGCCGCAAUCCGCGCGGAGCUCGAGUUAGAAGCUUUCCGAGAGCACCACAUCCGCAACAUCGUUGCCAUGUUGUUUGCCAACCAGGUGCUGAUCCGCCAAUACUUCGACGGGACAUUGGACCGGCGCAACGAUGCCAUGGCUCCGGUGCCCGCCGGACCGCGACGCCCAGGUGGUUUGGACAUGGACCUAUCCCGACAGCAGGAACAUAUCUAUGAGGAGAUCGUGGAGAGCAUGCACCAAGGCAUGCAACAGAAGCUCGCCCAAGAAGCCGCCUGGAAUGCCCUGGCAGCCGUGGAUGACGCUGCGGACGUGGAAGGCAACAACCCGCACUGGGGACAGGAGCCCGAAGCGAGCCCGUUGCCGGCCGCGGCCGCUUGGCGUCCCGCCUUUGCCGUCUUGGGCCCAGCCGGGAGCGGCAAGUCGACGGCAGUGAGCCAAGCCAUUCAGAUGGCCGCUGCGCAGGGCGCGCGGGUGUUGGUGGCCGCACCCACCGGGCGCCUGGCGGCCACCUUGCGAGAAAAGUUCCCGGAGCUCGAGGUCGACACGGUCCACGGCGCCUUCCUCAUCUACAAGCCCGUCCACCAGGCCUUGGAGGUGCUGCUGCCCUACGAUCUGAUCGUGGUGGAAGAGGUGGGACAAUUGAGCCGCAACAUCUUUGAGCGCAUCAUCCAGCAGUGGGAGGCGGAAGACCGAAUUCCUACGCUCGUCUUUGUCGGUGACUUCUACCAGCUUCCUGGUGUGGAUCCAACGAGUGCCCUGGAUUCCCCGCUGUGGCACAACGUCAUGGUGAAGAAACGGGAGCUGCACACUAUGUUGCGCUGCAAGUGCCCGGAACUGAAAAAGAAAUUAGAAUUGCUACGGGUCGGCAAGCCGUCCGUGCCACAAUUGCGUUCCAUCAAGAGCGGGCACAAAGCGCCCACGCGACAGCGGGCCGGCUAUGUGAUGAACGAAAUCCCUUCGGCAGAAGACGUGGCGCACAUCUUGGCGGAGACGCCCCACGCCCUCUUCUUGACCAUCAGCCGCCAGGCCACGGCCUACUUGAAUGACCUGGCCGUGCAAGCUCUCUUUCCGGGCGCCGUGCCCCUGGCCGUUGUGCCAGCGGACCCCGAAAGCAACGUGGAGAACUACGUUGGGGGUCGAAUGGUCUCUGAGCAGCCGCUGGAAGUGCCCAUCUACCCGAACGCACGGAUCAUCCUGACCAAGAACCUCAACAAGGCCAUCGGGUUCGUCAACGGGAUGGGCGCGACCGUCGUGGGCAUGCAGCAGGGGAACGUCAUGGCACGGACCGAUCAAGGAGUCUUGCUGGCAGUGCAUCCCUGGACCUCGGAAAACCGGGUCGUGCAUUUUCCGCUGCGCUUGGGCUAUUCGUCCACCCUGCACAAAGUGCAAGGGGCGACUCUACCACACGUAACGCUGUGGUUGGAUGUUGCCAAUAUGCCUGCUGCUGCGUAUGUGGCGCUCAGCCGCGUCGAGUAUGAUGCGAACUGGCGCUACGUCGGCAAUCCCGGCAUGCACCAUUUCACGCCGGCCAG